AUGAACGCCCGCACCGAGCGGUCGCCUGCUCUGGACCUGGCUCCCGCGAGCACCGACACCGCGAGCACCGACGACGACGGCACCACCGCAGCCGUGUCCGUCGUGGGUCUUUCCGCGCACAAACCAGACGACCGCCGCCUCCACCUCGACGACGACGCGGUCCAAGGCACCAGCCAGCUACCCCGAGAUGCCGGCAACCAGGCCCUGAAAUCUGCCGACCUAGCCAGUGAGGUUGCCUGCCUCCUAGCAGUUCCACCACGUGGCGCCACCAACGCAACCGCAGCAGCAGCAACAGCAACAGCUCCCGCGCUCACCGCGUGCCAGGGAGCUCACAUCCUCGUCCACGACCAAGACACCUUCAUCGCUCCCGAGCCGACCGCAGCGUCCCCGCCUCAUCAGAACCCGGACCUUUACGGGCCCUUCCACCACGAUCCCUUGGACCGCGACUCGACCCCCGUCCCCUUCGACACGCCUGCGCUCAGCCGUACGACAACAAAUAAUACCUCGAGGAGCACAAGUCGGGGCAGCUUGACAGCCGGCGCGACUGGCUCCGUCUUCUGCGCGACCCCAUCCGCGGACAAGGCCACGACGGCCAACGCGACCGCCUUCAACCACAAUAGAGGGCACCCCGCCAUUGCCCGCCCGUCGUCCCAGCCCCAGCAGCUCCACGACCAUCAGCGUCCACCUUCGGCCGUCCGCAAGACAUCACCUGGCCUGGCCGCCAGGCUCAAGGCAUUGGGCUUUGGCGCCGCCAAAAAGCCCCCUCCUGCGCCGCACUUUGACAGCGUUGGGCGCCUUGACGAACAGCAAUUACGGCAGCUUGACCAGAAGCACCAAGCGGCUUCCAUCGCCUCCGUCAUCGCCAGGCGCGGCCGGCCCUGGAAAGGCGUUGGCGCCGCAAACGCCUCAACGACCUCGCUCGAUUCUUCGGGACCCCCUACCGUCGCCGCCGAGUCCCCUCAGCUGCCCGAGAUCCAGACUCCAGAGCCUCUGGCCAUGGACACACAAAAGUACCGUCUGCCGGACCACACCAACGGUAAUGGCACAAAGGUGACGCUCGACACUCGGCGUGAGCACCUCGAGCGGAUCGCCCACCCUCCAUCUCCCCGAGACACACACCAGCCGCCACCGCCGCCACCGCCAAAAGAUACACCGCCGUCCGCUGUCACGCCGCCAGCGGUCGCCUCUCCCAGCGAGUAUACCCCUGGACUUAGCUCCUAUUUUACACCAGGCCACACCCGGCCGGGGUCCAUUUACACCCUGUCUCGCGCCUCAUUCGCCAACCAACUUGCCCAGUUGACGUCCCUGCAGCUUCCCGACGCGGAGACGUUGUCUAGUAAAGUGUCCGCCAUACCGACUGCCCAAUUCGCCUCCAAGGCACUCAUCAACGCCGCCGAUCAGAUUAGAAGCUGGAUCUUCAAGGCGCAAGAGGUCAUCGGCGGUCUCGACAGCGAAGAUGACGUUGAGUGGGCGGCUGCUGGUGGCCGUGAAGGCCUGGAGGAGGUCGAGGCCGCGAUCUCCCGAUUCGAGGAGCUCAUCAAUGCAUACGUCAGCGCCAUCGAGGAGCUCCAAGGCCGUGAUGACAUCUCCAACGUUCCCUCCGAAGACCUGAAGCGCGCCGUGAGCCAGAUGGAGUCCAUUAUCGAUGAAUGGGCGAAGAUUCGGGCCACUCUCCACAGCGUUCGCGGGCAAGUGGAAAUUGCCAUGGAGUGGGAGGAACUGUGGGACAACGUCUUGGGCGACAUUCAGGGCGAGAUGGACGAGCUCAGCCGGCUGGUGUUCGAGAUGGAGGAGCGCCGCCACAAAAGCAUCGUGGCAGCCGCCAGCGGAGACAACGUCGACAUUGGCGAUCUCGAGACCAUCGUCGAGGACACGCCCGCGCCGGGCCCGCGACUGCAAGCCCCUGGCCGACUCAGCCUCCCUCCGAUGAGCCCCGGCUCACCCGACACGCCGACCUUGUCUCAAGACGACUCCAGCCUCCUGGCCCUUUUCGCGAGGAUGCAACCGCUGAGAGCAUCACUCGACUUCCUACCCAUGCGACUAUCCGUAUUCCAAGCGAGGGCCGAAAGAUCGUUCCCGACUGCUUGCGACGAACUCGAUAUGCGGCAGGACGGCCUGAAUGCCAGCUACAAGAAACUGGAGAAGGACGCCGAGUCUCUCCGCAAGGAACUGGGUGAGGAUCGCUGGGUCAUCGUCUUCCGCGGCGCCGGCCGGCAGGCGCAGAAGAUGCACGAGUCCGUCCAGCGCUCGUUGCUCAAAUUUAGAGAGGCUGUAGACGCCGGCCUGCAUCUGACGAAUCCCCCGGCCAUGAUGAAGAAGGUGGAAAGCUACGAAGCCAAAAAGACUCACUACGGUCCCGCGAUCGAGAGGGUCCUGUCCAUCAUCGACAAGGGCGUUCAGGAGCGCCUCACCGUCAACGGGGAGAUUCUGCGCCUUCACAGCGACAUGCAGGCCCGGUGGGAGUCUCUCAAGGAACAGAUGCGGGAGACAGAUGCCGUCGUCGAGGAGAUGCACGCCGACAGACGCGGCGGCCAGCAUCUUCGAGACUCGGUCUCUAGCAUGCUAUCGAACGAUAGGUCCACGACCGGGAGCGGCCGUGAGACGCCUGGCAGCUCGCCGCCCUCUUCGGUCAUCAUGUCCAGCCUCGGUUUCGACCCUCGCACUCCGCAGCCGCCGGCCAAGGGGAGAUCUCCUCGUGCUGGCUCCGUCCCUCGACCAGCCGGGCGGCGACACUCGUCCCUGCCUGCACCGACGUCGUAUCAGUCCAAGAGGAAAGCCCCGCGGCUGUCCACGAUCGCUAGCUCGUCUACCGUCACUCCCGUUCCCGGGGGGCCGACGCCACGCCCAGGGUCGACCGUGGGCCAUCGCCCCCCGUGGAAUGGAUCCACCAACGUCAGGACCCUAGACACGGGUCACAACUUCAAGCCCAUGAGUCUCACGACGCCAAGCCCAUACGCUCGGACACCAAGCACGCAGCGAUCUGUGUCCGCCGUCACGCCCUCCACUGGCGGCUCGAGACUGCCCACGUUCCGGAGCAGUGUCGGGCGGGCUGGCUCGGAACCUCCAACGACCGGUGACACGCCCUCUCGAACCAACCAUUCGCGCCUGUCGUUCCGCGAACGGCUCGCCUCUCCUGGCCCCUAUUCCCAGCAAACCGUGAGCAAGCCACGGCUCUCAACCCAGGGCACUACGACGAGCUUGCCCACCAGACGCCAUGCGUCGGUGCAGCCGUCGGGGUCCGAGUCGACGGUCGAGGACAGCCAACCGCGCCCAGCCAGCUCCCUGGCAUCCUCAUCGCGCCGAAGCUCGCUGCUCCCAAUGCCCAGGGGGAAGAAGGAGGGAAGCACGGGCCGUGACAGCCCUCAGUCAGCUGGUGGCGCUCGCUCCACGGCCAGUCGUUCAGGUUUCCGCAAGACGACGCCCAUCGAUUCGAAAGACUCGAAACCAAGGUGGCGCCAUUGA